GAUUGGAGUUUGGAGAGAGAGAGGGAGGCUGACAGUUUGGAAAGAUUCAUAGCGCGAAGCACUCGGGAGAGCAGUCCUCUGAAGAGCUGGUUUAAGCGGUUACACGGGAUACUUUGUAACGGGACAAGAUGGGGAAGAACGACUCCUACGAGGUGUUCGUGGAGAUGGAGCGGGACGGCAACGGAGAGAUGGGAGCCAAAAUCAAGAAGAAAAAGGAGAAGAAGAAGGAGAGAAUGGAGAACAUGAAAAAGGAGAUCGAUAUCGACGACCAUCAGCUGUCCUUUGAGGAGCUCGAAAUGAAAUACACCACCAGCGUCACCAAGGGUAUGACUUCCACCAUGGCUGCCCAGGUCCUGGAACGAGACGGCUGCAACGAGCUGAAGCCGCCCAAGGGGACCCCGGAAUACAUCAAGUUCGCCCGGCAGCUGGCAGGAGGGCUGCAGUGUCUCAUGUGGGUGGCCGCUGUCAUCUGCUUCAUCGCUUUCGGGAUCCUGAUGGGACAAGGAAACCUCACCAGCUAUGAUGAUUUAUAUUUGGCUAUCGUCCUGAUCGCCGUCGUGGUCGUUACUGGCUGCUUCGGUUACUACCAGGAGUUUAAAAGCACAAACAUCAUCGCCAGUUUCAAAAACCUUGUCCCUCAGCAAGCGACAGUGUUCCGGGAUGGGCAGAAGUUCAACAUCAACGCCAACCAGCUGGUGGUGGGGGACCUGGUGGAGAUGAAGGGAGGGGACCGCGUGCCGGCGGACGUGCGCAUCGUCUCCGCACAGGGCUUCAAGGUGGACAACUCGUCUCUGACCGGAGAGUCGGAGCCCCAGUCCAGAAACCCCGAGUUCACUCACGAAAACCCACUGGAGACCAAGAACAUUGCCUUCUUCUCCACCACCUGCCUCGAAGGUGUUGCGACGGGCAUUAUAAUCAACACUGGUGACCGUACGAUCAUUGGUCGCAUCGCCAGCCUGGCUUCAGGGGUGGGGAACGAGAAGACUCCCAUCGCCAUCGAGAUAGAGCACUUUGUCGACAUCAUCGCCGGCCUGGCGAUCUUCUUCGGCGCCACCUUCUUCGUGGUCGCCAUGACGAUCGGCUACCGUUUCCUGGAAGCCAUGAUCUUCUUCAUGGCCAUCGUGGUGGCGUACGUGCCCGAGGGUCUGCUGGCUACCGUCACGGUGUGUCUCUCUCUGACAGCCAAGCGUCUGGCCAGGAAGAACUGCGUGGUGAAGAACCUGGAGGCCGUAGAGACUCUGGGGUCCACGUCAGUGAUCUGCUCCGACAAGACCGGCACCCUCACCCAGAACAGGAUGACCGUGUCCCACCUCUGGUUCGACAACCACAUCCAUUCCGCUGACACCACAGAGGACCAAUCAGGUCAAAGUUUUGAUCAGUCCUCGGAGACGUGGCGGGCGCUAGGCAGAGUGGCUGGCUUGUGUAAUAGAGCCGUCUUCAAACCUGGACAGGACGCUGUGCCAAUUCCCAAGAGAGAUGUAGUGGGAGACGCCUCUGAGACUGCCCUGUUGAAGUUUACUGAACUCGCCUUCGGGAACAUCGUGGAUUAUCGGAACCGCUUCAAGAAAGUCUGUGAGCUCCCGUUCAACUCGACCAACAAGUUCCAGCUGUCUGUCCAUGAGCUGGAGGACCCCCUGGACCUGCGCUACCUGCUGGUGAUGAAGGGGGCGCCAGAGCGCAUCCUGGAGCGGUGCUCCACCAUUAUGAUCAAGGGCCAGGAGCUGCCCCUGGACGAGCAGUGGAAAGAGGCUUUCCAGACCGCCUACAUGGACCUGGGGGGGCUGGGGGAGAGGGUGCUGGGAUUCUGUCACCUGCUGCUGAGCGAGAAGGAACACCCCCGAGGUUUCGGGUUCGACGUGGACGAGAUGAACUUCCCCACCAGUGGGCUCUGCUUCGCCGGCCUCAUCUCGAUGAUUGACCCGCCUCGAGCCUCUGUGCCGGACGCCGUGAUGAAGUGCCGGACCGCUGGGAUCAGGGUAAUCAUGGUGACUGGGGAUCACCCCAUCACAGCAAAGGCCAUCGCGGCGAACGUGGGCAUCAUCACGGAAGGCAGUGAGACCGUCGAGGACAUCGCCCUGCGGCUGCGCAUUCCCGUCGAGCAGGUUAACAAGCGGGACGCCCGGGCGUGUGUGGUGAAUGGCGGGCAGCUGAAGGACAUGACGAGUGAGGAGCUGGAUGAUCUCCUGCGCACUCACCCGGAGAUGGUCUUCGCCAGGACCUCCCCCCAGCAGAAACUGAUCAUCGUGGAGAGCUGUCAGAGACUGGGCUCUAUCGUCGCGGUGACAGGGGACGGUGUAAACGACUCCCCCGCUCUGAAGAAAGCUGAUAUCGGAAUCGCGAUGGGUAUUUCGGGUUCGGACGCAGCUAAGAACGCAGCCGACAUGAUCCUGCUGGACGAUAACUUUGCUUCCAUCGUCACUGGAGUGGAGCAGGGCCGUUUGAUUUUUGAUAACUUGAAGAAGUCCAUCGCCUACACCCUGACCAAGAACAUCCCGGAGCUCACCCCUUACCUGAUCUACAUCACGGUCAGCGUGCCCUUGCCCCUCGGCUGCAUCACCAUCCUGUUCAUCGAGCUGGCCACGGACAUCUUCCCUUCGGUGUCACUGGCCUACGAAAAAGCUGAGAGCGACAUCAUGAAUCUGAAACCCAGGAACCCCAGAAAAGAUCGGCUGGUCAACGAAUCCCUGGCUGCUUACUCCUACUUCCAGAUUGGAGCCAUCCAGUCCUUCGCUGGAUUCACAGACUACUUCACAUGCUUGGCUCAGGAAGGGUGGCGCCCCCUGCUGUGCGUGGGGCUACGAUCAGCCUGGGAGAACGCGCACAACCAAGAAGUGCAGGACAGCUAUGGGCAAGAAUGGACCUUCGCUCAGCGCCUCUACCAGGAGUACACCUGCUACACCGUGUUCUUCGUCAGCAUCGAAAUCUGCCAGAUCUCGGACGUGCUGAUCCGAAAAACCCGCCGUCUGUCUCUCUUCCAGCAAGGAUUCUUCAGGAACAAAGUGCUUCUGUCUGCCAUCGUGUUCCAGCUCUGUCUCGGCACCUUCCUCUGCUACUGCCCUGGCAUGCCAAACAUCUUCAACUUCAUGCCCAUCAGAGUGCAGUGGUGGUUCAUUCCAGUUCCCUACGGCAUUCUCAUCUUCAUCUACGACGAAAUCAGAAAGCUGGGAGUGCGCCGGCAUCCAGGAAGCUGGUGGGACAAGGAGCUGUACUAUUAAGGGUGGAGGGCGUUGCUGGAGUCCUCUCACAGUCCUGGCUGAACCUCGCCUUUUUGUGUAACUGGCAUUCUGCACCCCUCCCUCCCCCGCACACACGAAACAGACCUACAGCUGCAGCCACAAGCUUUACUUCACCUAGAAUUUUAGGAUUGAGACGUAAUAAAAAAAUAAAUAAAACUACACGGCCAGGAUUUAGAUCUUUUAUUUAACAUUAUUGUAAUCAAAGACAAUACAAAACAGAUCAUUGCAUAUAAAGCACUAACAGUAGUGCAGUAGUGUUUCACGUUACACUUGGAAACGUUUCAAAAUCAGACGUUUCCACUAAGAAGCGUGCAGGAAACUCCAAAGCGACAGUGUGUAAUUCAAUAUGUUAACCUCGCAUUAUUCCAGCAGGUUUCAUUUGACUUUAUGAAGUGGAGUUCAUUCAAUAGAGGGGCUCCUGGGGGCUAAACCAGUCACAUUUUUGGUGUUGUCUAUUGUUUGCUUGCUCUCAGUCGACAGAAUCCUGUAAGAAUAUUUUUGUACAGUAAAAAAAUAAGAAAACCAACCGAAUUGUCCUAAUGCAGAGCUUCCCAAACCUUUCAGCUGAGCCCUCAAAUUGACUUAACUAAAUAUACUAAUCAUUUGCUUAAUUAGACCUUUUUUAAAAACUC